AUGAUUCCUCUUUACUUAAAGUUAAAGACGCCAUCCACCGAGGAAUUCUACGUUGAUAAGGAUACGGUUGAGUUUAAUAGCAAGCUCUACAAGUUUCAAAAGAUCUUUGAUCACGAUGAGUCCUUAGAGUAUUUGGUUCAGCAAGAACAUAGAGAUGGUGCUGAAGAUAGCUCCCCAUGCUAUAUCUUUAUGGGACCAACUGGCAGUGGUAAGACUACUGCCUUAAGAGAAUUGCUCAAUCUUAAAUUGAAAUCAUCAACCAUUGUGGGAUCUGCAAAGUACCCUACCUUCUUGUCGGCAUUUGAAGUUGCAAAUAAUAAGUAUGCAAUCGAUUUACUUGAACGUGAUCUGAGAUUCACGAAAAAGGAAUACCACCAUCUGACAAGAGACAUAUCUUGUAAAAAGGUUAAAUUUGACAAUGAUACCAAAGAUGAGUUGCUCAAUAGUAUCUUCAGGAAGAGAUUGACUCAACUGACGCCCUUCAAUACUGAAUCAAGCAGAUCAUGCUUAGUCAUUUACUUGAUCCAGAAUGGGAAAAAGUUUGUCUACAUGGAUUUGAUGGGGAAUGAAAAAUUCGAUAAGGCUAUGCCCAAGAUGUCUAAUGUAUUUGCUAACAUGAAUAUUAGUUCGAUUACCAAGAUGUUAACUACUGCGAAUAGUAACAAUAACGCAUCAAUUUCCCCAUUUGAUGACCCAUUCUACGUUAGAUCUUCCAACUUCAUAACAAACUUAAUCUUUAAGAAAAAUAUCAAUGAAAAAGAUAGAAAGAUUAACAUUUGUUUGGUUAUUGAUCCGCAAGGCGAUAAUGACUUGAAUAAAUCUGCAUUUAACAAUAUUGCAGAAUUGGUUCAAAAUGACGUCGAAACAAACACUAAACCCUCUCAGCUUCAGAGUACAAAACUCACGCUUUCUCCAACUUCACCUUUGUCUUUGACAGUGUCACCCCCUAAUUAUACCAGACCCACAAUUGCUUCAUUAUCUCCCAUUAAGAUGAGAAAGAGAUCCCAGCUGAUCAGUCCGAAGAAAUGUGGCUCAUCUUCUACUUUUAAUUCACAAAGGAGAUCUUUAUCCAUCAGCCCAAUUAGGAAGCGGGUCGCUUCCAACGACAAGCCAAGAAGGAUCGUAUCAGCUCCAAUUAAUAGUAAUCCUGGCCGCCUUCAAGUUGGCAAAUCAAUUCAAGUACUCCCUGAUGACCAUGAAAUCCAAAUUUCCUCCUUGAUGAAAGAGUUAAAGGAGUUGAAGGAAGAGAAUGUACAAUUGAAAUCAGAGAAUAAAGUAUAUGUCGAUGAGAAACUUGAAUUAACCCUUAAUAUGUCGACUAUUAAACAUGACCAUGAAUUAGAAGUGUCCAGUAUGAAAGAUCAAUUAACAGUCAGCCAAAAACUUGCUGAAGCUUUAACAAAAGAUGUUGAACGAUUAGAUAAAGAGAGAUCAGCAUUGACCACACAUUGGAAUGAAUUUAAGGGAGAUUUCUUCAAUUUCCAAAAUGAACAUGAGUCAUUCAACAAGAUUGUAGACGCAUUGAAAUUUCAGUUGGAUGGUAUUAAAGGAAUAAACGAUGACUUGACCCAAGAAUUGAAAACAGUUAGGGUUGCUACUGAAAAUUUGAACAAUUCCAAUCAAGAAGAGAUUGAAAAGCUUGAAAAUACUUUAGAAACAUAUGAAGAAACCAUAUUGGAGCUCAACAACCAAAAUGAAACUUUACAAAGUAACUUGGAGCUGAAAGAAUGUACUAUAGCAAAACACCAAAAUUCUGAGAGAGAGUUAACGAGCCAGCUUUUAAAGACCAAGGAACAGUUAGACGAGUACAAUUACGAACUACAUGAAUUGAAAGAAGUGCUCGAAAAGAAGACACAAGAAGUCUACGAUUUAAAACAAACUUUUAACAAUACGGUAAGUCUUACAGCUGAACUUGGAACUGUAAGAUCAGAAUUAGAGCAGGCCAAGCUACAACUCGAGCAAACUGAUGAUUUGACAGAUAAAUUGAAUAGUGCUAACAUUGACCUUGAACUGGUGAAAGGAAAGCUUUCUAUUAAGAUGAUGGAAGCUGAAAAAUUAGAAUUGGAAUUAUCAAGUACUAGAGACGAAAAUACUAUUCAAUUGGAAGCAGUUAAAGGUAAGUUGCAACAAACCAUCUUUGAAAUGAAGGACUUGAAUAGCAAAUUUGAUGGUGUAAAUGAACAGUUGGAUGUUUAUAAGCUUGAGAAUGAAGAAUUGACCAAAAAGCUAGCUAAGACAGAGAGAGACGCUUCUAAUUCCACGGUACACUCCAAUUUGAGCGAAGGAGUUGAAACCGUAUCAUUUCCUAAAAUAUCGUUUGGCUCCUUCUCUCCACCUACUAAGGAGAUCCAUACUCUUCCUAGUAUAGACUUCUUAGAUCAAUUCACCACUUUCAGCGAUUCAAUCUUCCAUGGUCCCCAAAUAUAUGAAGAUGUCCAUGAAAAUGACAUAGGCGAUGAGAAUGGAAGCACUGAUCAAGGUGGUGAAGAAGAAGAAGAAGAUACUGGGGUGGAGAACGCUCCGCUUGUUAAACCAGUGUUAGGUCCGUCCAAGCAGGAUAGUGCUACGACAGAAAAUAGAAUGAAAAGAUCUGGCCAGCAUUUCCACCACCCUCCACUCAAGAGCUCCAAACUAAGAAACAUCAUCUACAGCUAG